UUAUCCGUGGUCUGAUUUUGUGACACAACUGUUGGUGGCAGAAUUAUGAGAAGUCAGUGGAUUUUGCAAGACAUAACGGAAGUUGGAGCUGUAUGGAACUUACCAGAAAGAAAUGUUGCGGAACAACGUUGUCCCCCCACACACCUUCUUUCCCAGCGCUGGCGUCUGCGCCCUUGGCUCGGCUCUGUGUCCACACGGGGUAAAGCAGGGGCGGGGCCCGAGCAGACAGGCCGCGCUAGGGCUUCCCAGGGCGGCCGCCGGGGGCGCGCGGGAGGCCGCGUGGAGCUACGCGCUUUGUCCCUCCGCGCGGCCCGUCGCCGGGAGCCGCGGCGGGAAAAUCUGACUGCGCCGUGCCGCUCGCCCUCCUUAAGCGCCCGCGCGCCCGCCUGGAUUGGCCGCCGCGAUGGAGGACGAGGAGGGGGCCGACGAGCAGCAGCAAUUCUCCUAUCAACAGAGGCUGAAGGCAGCGGUCCACUACACUGUGGGCUGCCUUUGCGAGGAGGUUGCCUCGGACAAGGAGGUGUCAUUCAGCAAACAGACCAUCGCAGCGAUUUCGGAGGUGACGUUCCGACAGUGCGAAAAUUUUGCCAAAGACCUUGAAAUGUUUGCAAGACAUGCGAAGAGAAGCACAAUUAACACGGAGGAUGUGAAGCUCUUAGCCAGGAGGAGUAAUUCACUGCUAAGAUACAUCACAGAGAAAAAUGAAGAGAUCGCUCAGGGUAACCAAGAACGAAAAGCAAAGAAGAAAAAGAAGUUGGAGGAUGAAAACAAUUCAGUGGAGCCAGCAGAGGCUGACGUAGAGGAGAGCGAGACUUAAACUCUGUGGCUGUUGGGAAAAAGCGGCCUUAAGCAGGUAGAACCACCCAAAGUGUGUAUCGCCCCAAAGGCAGUUUUGAGGGGCUAAGUGGAGAUUUAAAAAAAGGCUAGGAGGCUUUUUGUGCUGUGUUCUCCAAGUCAUCAAUGGCAGAAGCUAGUUUAAAAGAGAAGUGGAAACAGUUAAGAUGCAUGCUCCUCUGUCUUCCUGAAGCACAUAGAAAAGGCUUGUGUUUGAAUGGUGUAUAUUGGAAAUGAUAUCUGUUGCAAUUAAUAAAACUAUGUUAGCAGUUAAAUAUGGUUGAUUU